CCUCUGUCUAUCUUCCUCAUGCAGCAAAAUACAUGUUUGCUGUUUCAAGAAUCAGGUGUCUUCUAAACCCAACUCUGUCAGCCUUCUUUUCUUACCUCACUAAACCCACUCCUCUUGCUUUCUUCUCCUUAGCCUCCAAUCCCUAUCCAUGCAACUCCACAACUUUCCAAAACCCAAGUUUUCUACCCCUAAAACCCACAAUAUUUUCUCCCAAAUCCUCAUUUAUUUUAAUUCAAAAUCGUGGCGUGCACGUAGGGGUGGAUCCGCCGUCGUCGACCGGUGAGAUUCACGCCAUCGUUGGCCCGAUGUUCUCCGGAAAAACCGCAAGGCUUCUUCGCAGGAUUCAGUCUGAGAGCAGCAAUGGCAGGAGGAGCUUUGGUUCUGUGCUAGAUAUAAUUCCCCAUGCUGAUUCUGUGACCAGAUUAACUGAUCAUUGUGAACUUUUUCAUAGACGUGCUUUCUUCACCUCAAGUGGGGCUGGUAGAGAUUUUACUGAUACAGCAGGGAAUGAUGACAAUAGAUCAGAGUCUGAGACUGAGUGGGAAAGGUUAAUUAAACCUUUUGACCUCAAACAGCUUAGGAAGUCACUUAAUCAAAUCAGCCCCUAUCAGCUAUGUAAAUUGCUUGAGCUACCCCUUGAUGUGCCCACAUCAAUGGAGAUAUUCAAGUGGGCGGGUGCUCAAAAGAGCUAUUGCCAUUCGUUUGAUGUGUAUUAUGCGCUGGUAGAUAAGCUUGGGGUGGCAGGGGAGUUCAAAGUGAUAGAUAGGCUGCUGGGGCAGAUGAAAGAUGAAGGGAUUGUUUUUAGAGAGUCCCUUUUCCUCUUAAUUAUGAAAUAUUAUGGAAGAGCUGGUCUACCGGGGCAAGCAACUAGGUUGCUUCUGGAUAUGAGGGGUCUUUAUUCUUGCGAGCCAACCUUUAGAUCUUACAAUGUUGUGCUGGAUAUAUUGGUGGCUGGGAAUUGUCCUAAAGUUGCACCAAAUGUUUUCUAUGACAUGUUAAGUAAAGGCGUUUCUCCUACUGUGUACACAUUUGGGGUGGUGAUGAAAGCACUUUGUACGGUUAAUGAGGUGGAUUCCGCAUGCUCUCUUCUUAGGGACAUGACAAAGCAUGGUUGUGUGCCGAAUUCAGUGGUAUACCAGACUCUGAUACAUUCACUCUAUAAGAGUGAAAGAGUGAAUGAAGCUUUGAAACUUUUGGACGAAAUGUUUCUUAUGGGCUGUGCACCUGAUGUUCAGACCUUCAAUGAUGUUAUUCAUGGCCUUUGCAAGCUUAAUCGGAUUCAUGAAGCGGCAAAGUUGGUUGAUCGGAUGCUUCUUCGGGGGUUUUCUCCUGAUAAUAUAACUUAUGGAGUUUUAAUGCAUGGGUUGUGUAGAAUGAGGCAAGUUGAUGAAGCGAGGUCAUUGUUGAACAAAGUGCCAGUUCCAAAUGUUGUGCUCUUCAAUACCUUAAUCAAUGGGUAUGUGACCUGUGGAAGGUUUGAAGAAGCCAUGGCUGUUGUGAAUGAUUUUAUGCUAAAUACCAUCUGUGUCCCAGAUGUCUUUACGUUUAACAUACUGGUUCGGGGACUUUGCAAGAAGGGUUGUUUGGCUUCAGCUCGUGAAUUGGUUAAUGAGAUGACAACUAGGGGUUGUGAGCCUAAUGUGGUUACAUACACAAUAUUGAUAGAUGGUUUCUGCAAAGAAGGCCAACUAGAGGAAGCUGGUGAAGUUUUAAAUGAGAUGUCAACAAAGGGUCUUAGUCUGAAUACAGUGGGAUACAAUUGCCUUAUAUGUGCUCUGUGCAAGAAUGAAAAAGUUCAUGAAGCUUUGGUAAUGAUUAGUGAAAUGUCUAGGAAAGGAUGUAAACCCGAUAUAUUUACAUUUAAUUCUGUAAUAUUUGGACUGUGCAAGGUCGGUAAGAUGGAAGAGGCAAUGAGAGUCCACCAUGAUAUGUUACUGGAGGGUGUAAUUGCCAACUCUGUGACUUAUAACACUUUGAUUCAUGCUUUCCUAAGAAGAGGUGGGAUCCAGGAAGCCCUUAAGCUUGUGGAUGAGAUGCUGUUUAGAGGGUGCCCUCUUGAUGUAAUCACCUAUAAUGGCCUAAUGAAGGCACUCUGUAAAGCUGGGGCUCUUGAGAAAGGAUUGGGACUGUUUGAAGAAAUGAUGAGUAAGGGACUGAAUAUCAAUAAUGUCUCAUGCAAUAUUUUGAUCAAUGGUCUUUGUAGAGUUGGAAAAGUACAUAAUGCACUUGAGUUUCUUAGGAAUGUGAUUCAUCGGGGUUUGACACCAGACAUAGUCACAUACAAUAUCCUGAUAAAUGGUCUAUGCAAGAUGGGGCGUCUUCGAGAGGCCUUGAAUCUCUUUGACAGAAUACAAAUUGAAGGAAUUCGUGCUGAUGCUAUUACUUAUAACACUUUAAUCCGUUGGUACUGCAGAGAGGGCAUGUUUGAUGAUGCUUAUUUAUUCCUGCGUGAGGGUGUGGAUAAUGGUUUCGUACCUAAUGAUGUGACUUGGUAUUUAUUGGUCACCAAUUUUGUUAGAGAAAGUGCCAUGGAGAGUCAGACCUUUACCUCAGCUUUGUUUUAGUGUCUAGAAGGAAGUGCUGCUCACAUAAAAUGAUCUUUUUUCGGUGUCAUGAGUUGAGCUUCUUGUUUUGAAUUUUCUGGGACAUGCAUUUGAGAGAUUUGGACCCUUCCUCUCUGGCAGAAAUUAUUCUGAUGGUAUGAAGGUGAUUCCAACAUGGUCUUUUCUGUGAAUUUAUUUGGGGAAAAUGGGUAUUUCCCAAAAAAGGGCAUUCCAAGCUUCAUUUGGUUGCAUUUGAUUUAUCUGGACAUGUUCGUACCUGCCUAUUGGACUUUGGGUUGGUAUGCUGGGAAAAAGUCGGCUAGCUGUUCUCUGUUAGUGCAUCAGAGUCUUGCAAUGUUGAAGGGAGAAGAAGGUUUAACCAUUAGAUGUUUAUGUCGAAGUGUCGAAGGGGAAAUGAUCAUAGUGAAGCUUGAGCGUGCGGCCCUGGCUAGCAGAGCAAACGUUUCAAAUCCUUAUCAUGGAGCAAGAAAACAUCUUCUAGUUUGGAACCAUGUGCAGAGGCUGCGAUGUUUGUGUUGAAAAAUCACAAAUAUCUGUAUCUGGCUUCGUUUCUUCCAUACAUACAGAAACUCAGGAGGAAUGCAGUGAAACUCGGAAAGAAUGCAGUUUCGACUGGCAUUGCAACAAAUACAGCUAAUUUCUGCUUAUAUUAUACCGUUACAUUUAUCUCCAUACAAAAGCUAUUCUUUUUCUUCUCAUAUGAUACAAAACUAUUAGAUGUAUUCCCUGGUCGCUCUUCUUGUACAACAUUAAAAUACAAUUGUAUCUUAACAUUCUCGGCAGCGAAAUUUCGCAAUCCAAUAAAAAAAAAGGCAGCGGAUUAAGUUUAAGGUCGUUCUACAGUCACCGAUGAUUCCUUCUGAGAAAUCCUCCGGACUGACAUGACAUGCCACUUGGUUUUAUAUUUUCUUAAAAAAAAAUACGAAAUCAAUUUGAAAUAACAUACCGUCGCACGCACUAACCCAAAACCCAUAUGAUGCAUGCACGAUAUCCUCCCUCUCCCUCCGUCCGGCAUCGUCCUUCAGUCCGCCCGGCAGCAGAGCUCCAUUUCCAGCGCUGUCUUCCGGCUUUACACUGAAGAGUAAAAUCAAGGGGCAUGCAAAAUCUAUUUCCUCCAUCCUCGUAUUGUUAGCUCCAAUAGCAAUAUUCUAGGGGAGAUCAAUUUUAAUUUGAUCUUUUAUCUGUUUCAGUCCUUAUAUAUGUCUUGCAUUAUUUCUCUUUGCACAGACCGACCUUCCAUUGGUUGGAAAUAUAGCACCAGAUUUUGAGGCGGAGGCUAAAGUUUGGAAAGUUCGGAAAUAUAGCACCAGAUUUCCGAAUAUAUUGGAAAGAAAUAUGUCAUUCUAUUUUUCUACCAAUUGGACUUCACAUUUGUUUGUCCUACAGAGAUCACUUCUUUCACUGACCGCCAUGCAGAAUUUCAGAAGCUAAACAAGGAAAUAUUGGGUUAGUCUCUCAAUUGACAGUGUGAUUUUUUCAGGCUCUCUACAACCUCUGCAGCAAAACCUUCACGCCCUCACAGACACCACUUACCUCUUCUCAAGCUGUCCAGAGGCUCUCUUCUCUUCUGGGUGCGGAGGAGAGAAUUGCAUCUCUCGAACUAGGAUGAUGAUCUACAGGUGUAACGCCCAAAUGGAAUAUCCAAACCACAUUGUCUAUAUUCUAAAAGGACUAGUCAAUGAUACAAUUGGAGUCCCAUUAGAACUUAUAAAGAGCAAUAA